GAUACCUAUAUAUAAAUAUUUGACGCGAAAUUCUAGAACAUGAUAUGGAACAAGAUAAAGAAGUUAUCCACCGUGUCAGGAAAUAGAACGAUAAAAUGUAAAUUUAUAUUAGAUCGAGGAAAUCUUUAUCAGUAUUGCAUAUUACACGAAGAUUACACCAUGGAGGAAAAUGGAGAUGGGACAUUAAAACCAACACCUAUCAUUGAGUUCGAUGGAAUGAUAUUACCACCAUUUCCUCCGUUACGUGAAGAUGUCAAGAAAAGGUUUGAAGAAAUACGGAAUCUUGCAUGCAGAAAAGAUGAUAUCAUACUGGCUACCUAUCCAAAGUCAGGUACACACUGGGUUUGGGAAAUUGUCUGCAUGUUACUCAAAAACAAACCCGAAUAUUCGAAGGAAGGCAAAGAGUUGUUGUUUUUGGAAUCCAUACCGGAUAUAAGCAUGGUGGACAACAUUCCCUCUCCAAGGCCAUUUAAUACGCAUAUUCCCUAUAGAUGGUUCCCAAAGCAGCACACAGAAAAUGGCGGAAAGAUUAUCCACGUCCUGAGGAAUCCUAAAGAUGUUGCAGCAUCAUUUUAUCACCAUGCUCGCAAUACUGAAGAAUUUGGUGAAAUUUCAGACUUCAAAUCAUUUUAUGAAAAUGUCUACGUGGGAUCAGUUCAGCCAUUAGGGGGAUGGUUUGCGUAUGAAAAGGAAUUUGAACAAGCGGAAAUAAACGACACACACAAUGCUAUCUUCACAGUGCAGUAUGAGAGUUUGAAAAAGGAUCCGAUAGGGGAAACCAAACGACUAGCCAAAUUUCUAGACGUUGAUGUGAACGAUGAAAUUAUAGCUGAAAUAGCUGAUAAAUGUAGCUUUAGGAAACUGAAAGAAGCCAAUGCUACGGUCAAAGAUCACUCACGGUUAUCAAAACUUCAUCCAAAUGCCCGUGAAAUAAUGAUGAAAAUGUAUCGGAAAGGUAAGACAUUCAUGUAUGCAUGUGAAAUGAUGUAUAUGUAUUACGGGAUAUACGAACUAGAAAAAGAAGUUACGACAAUUAUGAGUCACUUGGGCAACUUUUGUUAUAAUUUAUUGACGGCUAAAGACGACUCAUUUUUAUACAAAAAUAUCUGCCUGGUUUGAAGGAUAUUUUUCAGAUUGUUGCAAGUGAAUGCCCUAGUACCAAAACAUGAGUUAUUGGAUUAAACUUCUGAUGUUUGGUAGCGGAGAUUAAAUCAUAAAAAGUUUAUUUCCUCAACCUCAUCCACGUAUGUGGAUAUUUACUUAAUGAGAUGUAUUUUCUCGAGUCAUUAAAAUAACCGACUGCUAUGAAAUGAUAUUUAUGCUCUCCAUUUUUAUAAUAAUAUGAAAUACUAUUCGAAGAAAUCGGUUUUCUCAUGUCCCGGAGCUUUGUUAUUUUUCUUGGCAUGUAUUUUCUCGAGUCAUUAGAAUAACCGACUGCUAUGAAAUGAGAUAAAUAAUCACAAUUUCUGCAGCAAUCUCCAGACACGUACAUGCAUUUAUGUUGUAAGACAUAAAACAGAAUAUUUUAUGAGAUCUUUUAUCAUUUCAGCAGCAAUUUUAUGAAACUCUAUACUAAAUUUUAUUAGAGAAUACACAACUGCUACAUCUUUUAACAUUAUUUUGAUAUUCAAUAAUACUCAUGAGUUUAUGGUCUCUUUUUAUAUAGUUCUUAUAUGUAUGUAUAUAAACUGAUAUUUUCAUGUUUUGUGAUAUAUGUUCUCGAUAUGAAUAUAUGUUAUAGACAGGAUCACAAUGUAAAUUGAUACGGGUUCAAAUCCCACUCGCGCCGGUAAGAUGAGAAAGUUUCCCAGUUUACUUUCGGAAGGUCGGUGCUCUCUUCCCAGGUACAUUGUAUCUGGGUUCUCUCUUCCACCAAUAAAAAUUGGGCGCCACCAGAUAACUGAAAAAUUGUUGAGUGUGGUGGAAAACAUCAAUCAAUCAAUUUGAAUAACUAAUUGUGCAGUCCCGUAUAAAGAAAGGAUAUUAUCAUUAUAAAGGCACAUUUUUCUCCGUUUGCUCCCCACCUCUCAACUUUCACAAAUGAAGCUGAACUGUACCUGCAUUCACUUUUUCUUAUACUAAUUAAAAAUAACUAAGUGUUUGCCUACUGGGAGUUACCCAAGUUAACGCAGAAAACGUGAUCGGGUUGGGCAUAUACUAAAUAUUAAAACCGCGACAGAAUCAGAGACGAAAUAAUGGUUCCGACAUUCCGUAUUAGUAAUAAUCAAAAAUUGAUUCUUUUUCAAAAUAAUGAUUGAUGAUAUGCACGUACAUAAGUAUAUAUAUGGUUAUGCCAUACUGCCGUUAGGGGUCGAUAUUUACCUUCUCACAUAUGUAAAUCAGUAAUAAAAGAUACUAUCAAACGCCUUGUUGAAAACACCCGUGAGAAACCAGGUUAGAAUAAGUCCUCAGUACCCCUUGCAUGUCGUAAGAGGCGAUCCUUCGGAUGAGACAGCAAAAACGGAGCCCGGUGUUGCAGCAGAUGUGUUACGAUAAAGGCCUAUUUCUGCUCAAAGACUAUAAGCGCCGGGCAUAGUCCUAAAUUUUGCAGCCCUUCAUUGGUAAUGGUUACAUUUCCAUAUGAGUUAACAAUUCUUUAGCGGAACGUUAAUAAAUAUACAACCAACGAGUCUUACGGAAAAUUUCCAUUUUUUCGAGUUUUCAUUACGUUUAUGGUACAAAUAACUUUCGAAGUAGAAAUUUUCUAUACUCUUGUCAGUUGUUUUUGCAUGUUUGUUUACGUCCCGUCGAUAAUUUAUCAUUCAUAUUGAGACGUCACCAGUUGUAGGUAACGUAUCAUAAAUUACGGCCGUAUCAUUGAGGAUUCUUUUAUGUGCCAACACAUGCUAGGAUUUGAGACCUCCACCUUUUAGGUCAUAUCCGAAAGACCCGUGAUUCUCACAUCUAGAUACCGAGCGUUUGGUGGAGUAGCAAUCAGUAUCUAUGUUUACGUCUUAGGUUUGACACGAUCGGGGCUAAAAAUCACGACCUCCCGGUUACAAAGCCACCAUAGAGACAGACACUGGAUUUGGAGAUUGAUAUGAGCAUUAUGAAUAUUGUAUUGUCUCUUACAGGAGAGAUUGGUGAUUGGAAGAACCAUUUUACAGUGGCUAUGAAUGAACAAUUUGAUGCAAAGUUCAAGGAAGAAAUGAAAGACUCUAAAAUUGAAGUGCAAUAUGAAUGAUUAAAUAGAUGUCAAUUUUCAUUACAGUAUACACAUUUGAAUGUUUUUAAUUUACAAAUUUGAAAUUAAAAAUAAGAUUUAUAAUUUGCAAUGCUGAAAAUAAACUCCGAAGUUUACCUAAA